CUGGUUGGUAGCCGAUUGGUAGCAAGGAUUGACAGAAGUCUGGUUGGCGGCAAUACCGUAGAUGACUUGCGAAGUCAAGAACCGGGAAUCGGUCUAUUUGCCCGAAGGACCCGUAACCAGACAGACCGGCCUAGAAGUCUGUCGGACAGCAGGACCCCUCAAUGUUUGACCCUUAGUGUCAUCCUUGGCCGACGGAGUGCCGUCGGAGCCGGACGUUUCGGACGCUUCCGUGAUGUUCCUGUGGAACCCAACAACCUCGAUGUGUCCACGUCCUUGGUGCUCGAUUACGGGCAAUGUUCCGGCCAACCGUCAACACCGGCCGAAGUCCCAAUCCGUCACCAUAUUGGGAGGAGCACAGGACGUUCGGACGGGUCCACCAGAAGCCACGCACAUCAACCGCUACCGAGUUCCAGGAUCGGGAACCGUGAUCCGUGUAAGCGACCGGAGGUUGCGUAACCGUCAUCCGGAGGAGAUUGCUGAAAGAAGGAGAAGCUGGAAGAUCGUCGAGCUGCUGGGGCCCCAAGAAACCAGAAGGAACAGGUCAGAUAGACAAUAAGAAAGUGGGAAAAUUUAGGUUAGGAAAGGUGAAGGAAGUUAGUAGGAAGAAGUGGGAAAAUAAAAGUGUGCACAAAAGAUAAUAAAAGUGGUGUUUCGUUUGGUA